UGUAUAUCAAUCGCACUGCCUCGCGGUUCACCGUUUCCAUCAUUCUCGAGCUGUUAUGACGACCAUCGAAGAUCUCACCUUGUAUUUUUACAUCGCUAGUGGGGUCGCCGCCGCGGUGUUAAUCAUCCUGUUUAUCCUCGUCGCCGUUCUAUUCGUCAGGGUAAACAGGCUCAUCUCUGACAAGUCGAAUCAACUUGCUAGACAAAAAGAAAUGAUGGCUGAUUUUUGUUACACUAAUCCGACGAUUGUUCCUGGCGAAGAAUUAUCCAGGAGAGGAUUCUCCAUGUACAGCGGUUCGAAUCACUUCACAACUGACGAGAUCGAUAAUCAUCAUCACUCCAAAGAUUAUUCCAAUCACGAAGAAAGCAGGUCUAAAUUUUAGGCAAAUCUCUACGAUAUCGUUAAAUUUAAUGUCAAUUUCACAGCAUCGAUUUCGAAACCAGAGAAAUGAGGGAUCAAUUUCAAACGCAGAAAGUACCGCGAGGGAAUAGAAUAAGGAAGACAGAAAUAUCCGUUCAGUUGGUAAUCACUUACCCAUAAAACGUCGGUAAAACGAUUUUUUAUUGGCAACUUAUCGACCGAUGGAUAGAAGUUUAAAACAUGACGACAAUUUUACCAACCGCGCGGAGAUUGUCGGUAAAAAAAAAACACAGCGAUUUGAUCGAAUUGACUACGAAACGACGAUUAUUCUCAUCAAGUUUUUUUUUUUUUUUUUUUUUUUUUUUUUUUUUAUUUCAGCAAACGAAUCUUUUUUGCGAUUGACGAAAAACAAUGUAUUUUUUUUUUUUUUUAUACAACUUACAGGGAUAAUUAAAGCUGAUAUAAUUGUUAAACAAAAUUCAAUAUCUGUUGUAGGAUUUGGGCUGAAUUGAAUCUGACCUAAUUAGAAAACUGACGGG